GCUUGAUUCCAAAGCUGACGGAACUGGACGAGACCCUGAAGGAUAAGAAGCGCAACGGACUGUUCAAGAAGGAAGUCCUGACAGAGUUCGGGAAGAUCAAAUCCGGAUCCAAGCAGGACCUUCACCGAAGCCUCUGCACGGCAAUGCUCCGGCUGCAUGAUGCCUUCUCCGUGCCGCCCUCUCAGCGUUUCGGGCCGCUUGCCGAGGUGGUGGCAGAGUGCGGUAAUGGUCUGGACACAGCACCAGGAUACGCUCUUCGAAUCGAAUCACUGGCAGUCUUGGCCUUGGCCCGAGAUUUCCAGCUCUUUCCAGGGAGUGAUGGACGUCGGAGGCGCUUCGAUGCGAUUUGGCGGGGCUUUGGCGCUUGCAGAAAGCGGCUGCGUGCCAUGCGGAUUGACAAGAGAGCGACGGCUAGGACCCACGCAGAGAAGUUGCGAAAGGAGUGGCUUCUGGCUGAGCAGCCUCUGGGGCAUAAGUUCCUUCUGCUGACGGACUGCCAGCCGCAAUCAGGCGCCGAUCCACGGAAAGUCACUGGAAAAGACCUGAGAACUCUUGCGCUGCAUUGGUCCCAUGUGCUGGAGGCCAGCCUUUGCUGGGUCUGCCUGGAGGUUUGUCAGGCCUUAGCCACCUCGAUGCUGCCAUGCUGGUCUCUGGCCACCAGCCACAGCUGCCGAGCGAAGGAUUGCCCCUAUGCCCACGACAAGCAGGAUCCGAUGCUGCUCCAUCUGGUGGCCUCCCGCAUGCUCGAGGUGGCCAAUGAGGGCAGCAAGGUCUUGAAGAGCAAGGACUUGCAGACGGCCUUUUCCAUGCUUGGGACGAUGGCCAUGGAGGCACUCGGGGGGCCGGAGCUGUGGAAGAAGCGCAGCGAGCUUCCUGAGCGGUCAAUCCACUUCCUGAUCACUCGCCUCAAGGCGCUGGUUCCAGAGAGUCCGUCACGGGCGCUGGAUGCACAGCUCUCGCAGGAGGAGGUGGCGCUGUUCAGCGAGGAGGCCUCCAGGAACCAGCUGAAGGCGAUCGAGGCACGGAGACGACCUCCUGACCUGCACGAGGUCGUGUCUGUGCUUUCACUGCUGCCGUUCACGGGGAGCAAUCGCAGGAAGCUGGAAAUGCAGCUCUUAAAGCUCGCGCAAAUGGACAAGCAGGCAUCGAAUCCAGUGUUCCUGCUUGCCAACACGAUCGUGGCAGGUUUCGCGAAGAAGACGGAGGACGGCAAGAUCCGGGCCUUCGAUUUCUUCCUGGCCGAUCUCAAGGUCAUGCAGCAGCUCUGGACAUUCUGGAAGGAUACGAAGGGAAGGCUGCGCAACUUCUACUCGAUCCCACCGUGCUCGGUCUUCUACUUGCUGGAGAGGGUCGUUGUGUGGGCGUCUGUCUUGCUCACCCAGUUCAGCAACACGCUGCUGCCACAGAGCUAUCUGCACGCGCACUUCACCGGGGCAGAGGAGCUUUUGCAAGAAGUGGCAUCUGCUGGAGCGAAGGUGGCGGCAGAGUGGCGUCCAACUGCGCUGAACGCCCUGAAACACGUCGUGGAGUUUGUGGUCGCCUUCCUGUAUUGGGACCACAGCCUUUACGAGUGGCUGGACAAGACGAAGGCCUCCUACGGAGAGUCCGUGUUGCGGCUGUAUGUCCUCGUGUUGGCUGCCAGCGCAAACGAUGAGGAAGCCAGGAAAUUCGCAUUUGAGCACUGGAACACCAAAUUGAAGCUGGACAAAAAGCUGGACAUCUUCCGCAAAGUCCGAGAAAAGGAGGGCGCCGAUCUCCCGACUGCAAUGCAACGGCUUAUGUGCUUCCACACGAGAAAAGAGCCGUGGCUCACUUGGGUCAUGCCUUGGCAAAAUGACAUCCUCACGAAGUUGGGGGAUCCGUAUGUGCGCCUUUUCCGACAGGGCACCAAGCAUACUCGGCUGACGAGGACCCUCGACAAAUACGAGCCCUUCCAGAUGCCUCGUCUCAGGGCAAACGACACUGAGAAAGUGAAGAAGCGCGACGGCCAGUCUUCCUUGCUACUUCCACUUCCUUACAUUGGCUUCCACAGGAUGAGAAAAUUUCGAGUCGUCACGAAGGAGGGCAUGUACAAGGACAUCAGCAUCUUCUCCGGGAAGGCUGGUGCGCAGGCCGAGGCUCGCGCACAAGAGCCUGAGGACGCUGAAGAGGAGGCUGAAGGAGCGGCGGAAGAGCUGUCGACACCCGCAGUCACUGCACCGGAGGCAGAAGAGGCAGUACCUGAGGCUGACACAGCGGAGGGUGAGCCCGCGAAAGCCGAGUCGAAGGCCGAGGCUGAGUUGAGCAACAUCCUCGCGAACACGACAGCGCCGCGCUUGGAUGAUGACUUGAAGCUGGAAGCCGCCAAGGUUCGGAGGGAGAAAUCCCUCUUUGAGAGGGCCUACAAGGCGUGGCGCAGCUGGAAGGAGGAGAAGGACAAGUCCAAGCGUGCCCGCGAGGAACAACGAAGGAAGCGCCAACAGUUGGUAGAGCAAGGUGAAGAGGACGAGGUAGAGGACCGCGACACGUGGGAGACCGAGGAAUUGAGACUUCGCUCCACAGCUGCAGAGCUUUGCGCAGAGCUGCUGGGAGGUGAGGCAAAAGGGACCCCGAAAGUGCUGGUUGAAGAGCUGGAGAAGUGGUUUGAGCACUGCCUGAGAAUGAUGAAAGGGCACCGGCAGAGGUGGAACAGGCAGGUGCGAGAGACGUUCGAAGAGCAUUCCGAGUCCCUCAACGAGCGUUUCGAUGCCCUGCUGGGAGAGCUGGCCGGCGAACAUGACUUCACGAUCUGCUGUGCAGAGUUGGGCCACGAUGUGAUGCAGAGCCUGGGCAAAGCCAGUAUGUGUCAGAAGGACACCUUGACAUGUCAGUUGCGUGUUCACGCGGCGAUUGGGCUUUGCGAACUGCUCGCGGAGGCGUGCAGGGACGAGGGCACCGAGGUCAAGCCCGUCAUCCAGUGGCUGCACUACGUGCUGGCCACUCCCAAUUUCGAGUUGCCAGCAGAAAGGAAGCGCCCGGUCCUGUCCGAUGCGGACCAGGCCGUGCCUGACAUGAACCCAGCUGCGCCAGCUCAGGAGCCGUCUCUGGCUGAGGACGACGAAGAGAAGCCCGAACGGGAUCCGGCGGAAGAGGUACCUGUACCCGAAACAGAGGAAGAGGCCGACCUUGCUGCUGCCCCAGCGAUGGAGGAGAAGCCGUCGCCGACAGCAGCUGUGGUGGAGGAAGCGCCCAUCGAGUGCUUGCCCACGCAUGAGAAGGUUACCAUCGAGACGAAGACUAACGGCGAGGAAGAGCCCAUUGACAGCUUGCCGGCGCAUGAGAAGGAAACGGAUCCGCUGAUGGGUGUUGCCAUCGAGAAGAAGAUUAACGGCGAGGUCUUCCGCGGCAAAGUUGAAGACAUCGAGGUCGGCCAGGUUUCUCGAGAUCGACUCUAUCGAAUCCGGUACACAGACGGUGAUCUGGAGCACAUGGAGCAGCACGAAGUCAGAUCACUUCUGCUGCUCCACGCAGGCUCGGUGACCGCCCUUGCAGGCGCCAGGGACCAGGCAGCGGAACCCCAGGCCGCUCUCCACGAGGAGAAGGAGAAGCAAAGCACCGAAGAGGUUGCUGAUGAUUCGGCCGAUGCGGUGGAAACGUCUUCGAAGCGACAGCGGGUGGAGGAGCCCAAGAGCUUGGAAGAGAAGACUAAGGAGAAGGAGCCAUCCGACCAGACAAUGACAGAGGAGCCAGAAGAUGGCAACGAAAACGGGAUUUACAACGUGAUCUCGUCAUCUGCAACAAAGAUCAUGGAGGUCUUCUUGGGUCGCCCUGAAACUCCCGUGCCGUGUACAGAGGUGCCUCACGAAGAGGAGGUCAAAGGAGGGGCCGAGCAGACAGAGGCGAAGGAGCCCCUCGAAAAAGAUUCCGAGAUUCUGCCAGCGCCCGCAGCGACGCCCUCAACUCCGACUGGCCCAUCCAGGACAGCUCCUGCCCCUGCAUCUGCAAGCCCGGAGGCCAAGAGAAAAUCGAAGGCAUCGAAGCAUGCGGCCAAGAGGCAGCAGAAGCGAGAAGAAAAAGAAGUUCCCAGUGCCGCCCCAUCGUUGAAAGACGAGCUUCCGGAGUGGUAUGAACAGGAAACGGAGUUGCGCGCCAAAGUGCUGGACUGUUGCAAGCUAACGCUGGAGAGCGCAGGCAACAUCAAGGAGGGCAAGCAGGUGGUUGAGAAGAAGAAGGGGCCAGGUUGGCAGCUGGAGCAGCUGAUCCGGGACUUGAGGACUUGGUGCGACCACUGUGAAGAACGGCAGGAGAGGGACUCUGCUCGGUGGAACCGGCAGAUCAACAAGGCCUACGACAAAGAAUCCGAUCAGAUUUAUUUUCUCGGCGAGCAAUUGGCCGACGAACCGCGGUCCUCCUUGGACAAGAGUUGGCCGGUCACAGAUCUGCUGGACAGAGCCAAGAAGCCGCAGCGGUUUAACUCCGUCCUGCUGAGAAGCCACCUCGACGUCGAGACUGUCGGCGUCUUCAUUCAAGUAUUGCAAGAAUGGCAACGCCGAUGCGAGAUCCUCGCGACCCCUCCCAAGGAGGCCCUGGCACUCCUAUCGCCAGAACAAGCAGAGAAACUGAAAGAGGUGCCGCCGGCUUUCGUCGCGAACUUGAAGGAGUACAUAAAGCUGGCAAGCGAAGUCGUCGGUAGAGUUUCCUGGGCAGUCGCUGUGGAAGAACCUGCUCUUGCAGAGGCGAACACUGCCGAGCAGCCGAAUGAGGAGGUGGUUGAGGAUGUCCGGGCGGACCAGUCAGAGCCGGAAGAAGAAGAACCGGCAUCCCAGGCCAAAGACAUUGGAGGAGUGGAGCCCACUCAGGUUCAAUCUGCGAGCCCACCUCGGGCUGUCAACCCUGAUGAGCCUACGCCGUGCCAGCAAUGCCAGGAGAUGGUGCCGAAGAAUCGGAUGAAGCA